AUUAUCAUAUUAUAACAAUGAUCAUCACCAAAACACAAACACAUAAACAACCUUGAAACCCAAUUCCUCCGUAUCAUCUCCCAAACAAUGAAACCAACGCCACAUCGCCUCCUCCUCACGGCGAUCCUGCUCCUAAGAUGCGCCAUGUGCACAUUCUCAGCCAAAAACUGCCCCAACUGUGGCACCACCCCAGUCCCCUACCCAUUUAGCACUGCUUCUACAUGCGGGGAUCCACAAUACAAGAUCAGGUGCAAUUCAGGCUCCCUCUUGUUUGAUACACUCAACAGCUCCUAUCCGAUCAUGUCCAUAAAUCCAUCCAUCCAGCGGCUAGUGAUCCAACCAGCCAGUCUCUUACCAAACACAUGUGUCACGUCUGAUUACAUCUACGAAGGUAUCUCGUUAAACGAUAGCUUACCUUUUAACAUCACAGGUGAUAACACCAUCAUGUUUUUGAACUGUACGGAGUCGUUGCUUAGAUCACCGUUGAAUUGUACCUCAACCAGUUUGUGUCACGUGUACGUUAAUAGUACCAAAGGGGGCGCUCCUUGUCAAGCUGCUCCUAUUUGUUGUACUUUUGGGGCAGGCGGGUCAUCGACGGCGCAUAGAAUAAGGGUAAGAGACACCGGGUGCAGGGCUUACACUAGUUUUGUUGAUUUGGAUUCGGUUUUGCCCGUGGAUAAGUGGUCUAACCCGGGACUGGCAAUCAAGUGGGUGCUGCCUCAGGAACCGGUUUGUGGGUCUCAGGCUGACUGUGAUGGGAAUUCUACUUGUGCGCCCGCAGCAAAUCUGAGUGGGGUCAGGAGGUGUUACUGUACAGGUGGACUUCACUGGGAUCCGAUUCAAGGAAUUUGUGUUCAUGAUGCUACGUGUCAAAAUGAUGGGAGUUGUGGUGGAUCAACAAAGACUGCUCUCAUUGCUGGUUUAACAUCCGGGAUUGGUUUGACUCUUUUGGUAAUCGUCAUAUCUGUCCUGCUCUAUAAACGCCGUAGACGGAUCAAAGAAGCACAAGAACGCCUGGCUAGAGAACGUGAAGAGAUCCUGAACGCGGGUGGAAGCAGAGCAGCAAAAAUCUUCACAGGCAAACAGAUCAAGAAGGCUACAAACAAUUUCUCAAAAGACCGCCUAUUAGGAGCCGGUGGCUAUGGUGAAGUUUUUAAAGGCAUUCUUGAUGAUGGCACAGUAGUAGCUGUCAAGUGUGCCAAGCUUGGAAACACCAAGGGAACUGACCAGGUGCUCAAUGAGGUCCGAAUUCUAUGCCAAGUCAAUCACAGAAGCCUUGUAUGCUUGCUCGGUUGCUGUGUGGAGCUUCAGCAACCUAUACUCGUUUAUGAGUACAUUGAAAAUGGAAAUCUUCUUGAUCGUCUACAAGGUCUAAAACCUGAUGGAAAAAGCCAACUGUCUUGGUUACAUCGCCUCCAAAUUGCUCAUGAUACUGCUGAUGGUCUUGCUUACCUGCAUUCCUCAGCUGUUCCUCCAAUAUAUCAUCGAGACGUCAAGUCAAGCAAUAUACUUCUCGAUGAGAAAUUGAAUGCCAAAGUUUCGGAUUUCGGAUUGUCAAGGUUAGCUCAUAGUGAUUUGACUCACAUAUCAACCUGUGCCCAAGGCACUCUAGGGUAUCUCGAUCCUGAGUAUUACAGGAAAUAUCAGUUGACUGAUAAGAGUGAUGUUUAUAGUUUUGGGGUCGUGUUGUUGGAGCUACUGACUUCUCAAAAGGCAUUAGAUUUUACUAGACCGGAAGAUGAUAUAAACCUGGCAGUUUAUGUGCAGAGGAUGAUGGAAGAGGAAAAGCUAAUGGACGUGAUAGACCCAAUGCUAAAGGUGAAGGCGAGCUCUCUGCACCUUGAGACCGUUAAGGCAUUGGCAUUUCUGGCUUUGAGUUGUAUAGAGGAAAAGAGACAGAAUAGGCCUUCUAUGAAAGAAGUUGCUGAGGAAAUUGAGUACAUUACGACUAUUACAACAGCAAGGGAGGUCGAAAACUAGCUGGCAAUAUGCAGAGAACAUUUGGAGACAGGAUCGGGUCUCUAAUAUGGGGAUUGAUGACUUGAAUGAUCAGAAUAUGAUGUGCUUGUGGAAUGGAUAUUACUAUACCUAGCUUGAGUUUGCUCGGCGCUUUGCCCUAUAUGUAUAUGGAUGUAAUUACAAUAAGAUGUGAUCAUGAACAUA